UUGAGAAGGAAACUAGGGUUUUGGGGGAUUUAAAACAAUCCUCUCGCCCCCAACUCCUCCUCUACGGCAUUCAUCUUCGUUCUUCGUUUUCUCAGGUUUACGGAUCUUUUUGAAGGAGCUUUACAACACCCAACCGAAGAUGCAGAACGAGGAAGGACAAAUCACCGAGCUUUACAUUCCCAGGAAGUGCUCUGCAACAAACAGAUUGAUCACUGCAAAGGACCAUGCUUCGGUCCAGAUCAACAUUGGGCAUUUGGAUGAGAAUGGUGUCUACAAUGGUCAAUUUUCCACUUUUGCCCUCUGUGGCUUCAUCCGUGCUCAGGGUGAUGCCGACAGUGCUCUAGAUCGUUUGUGGCAGAAGAAGAAAGUUGAAGCUAAGCAACAGUAGAUGCUCAUGAUAGUUUGUUACUUUGCUAUGUAUUAAGUUCUACUCUUGCUAGAGAUAUUCGAGUAUUAUGAUCAUCAUUUUGAGCAAGUACAAGUUCUGAAUUUUUGUUGGUACCUCAGCUAAUGUUGCUUUUUGAUUGUUUGACUUUUAAGUAUUCGGUUGUCUCCUAUUUCAAUCAUAGAUUUCAUGUUUUGGUAUUUUUCUUUUGCAAGUCCUGUUAUAUAACAAAAUAGAACGCCUUGCCCA